ACGGAAUUGAAAGCAUGCUCUUUUUUGCACUUCCACAGCGGCUAUCCCCGUCAGCAGAACAAAAAUAUGAGGACCACCGCUGCCAUACAAGGGCAAAGCUCCAGUUUCUUCGCAGAACUUCCCAUAAUCGUCUGAAGACACCCUCCCCCGGACGGGUGGUAUAAUGGACUGCAAUUUGGAAGACGUAGACCGACUUCGUGAAGCGACCCUGGAGAUUGAGUCUUCCCAGUACAGAGUCAGUUAUUCUCAUGGGGGUAACAAGGCAGAUUGUGCUAAAAAAGAGGAGUUCAACAAAAAGAGUCGCUCUGGCAACAAUCCAGGCAGAGUCAAGCGAGUCGUGUCUUCUAAGAGGAAGACGCGUCAUUCGGUGGUGGCUCGGAAGAAGCCCCAAGGCUCGGGCAAGACACACGAUGCAGCAAAGAAAGACGACAAGGUGACUGGCACAAGGGAUAUUCAGCGGCAGAUGUUUGACAUGGACCCUCAGGUGUUGACGGCAAACAGUAACCACAAUACAGGGAGGACAGGUUCUCAACAGGAUGAGUUCUUGAAACUUGAUGAGCUCACAAGGGAUCACAGCACAAUAACUGAGGUGCUCCUUGGAAGAAAACUGAGACUCAAAGUGGCCUUAACACUGUGGAAGAGACAUUUUGGAGAGUUGAUAACAUACUUCCUGAGAAUCCAAGAUACCAGCGUCUUUGUCGACACGCUCCCUCUGAUAAGUAAACGCAUGGAUGAUGACGCUCCCAACAUCACCAUCGGCUGUUGCGUGGACCUGUUCCCAUUGGUUCACCAGCUCCUCGUCAGUCCUUACGAAGAAUAUGUCACGGUUGGUUUAAUGUGGAUCCAUUCCGUUUUGAAACGUUGGUGGGAAAAGCUUACAGCGAGUGGCUGCACUGGAUCGACUGAUUCUUCUUUGGAUAAGAGGAUGAUAAUAUUUCAAGUGUGGCUCGUGCGGCUCAUGCUGCUGGUCUUGCUGAGUCUAUUUGGAGUCAACAUGGAGCCACUCCAAGCAGAGAACCUGCAUCUCCUACCCCCUGAUCGGCACAACGUGGUCAUGAACCUUGGAAUGCGAAUGUUACCAAGAGAUUGUCAUGAAAUGCUGAUGAGGUCUUCAGGUCACGCCAGAGACGGCGUGUACCUGAUCCAGCCAGGGGACGCCCCCGUUGUGGUGUACUGUGCCAUGCGGGAGGGAGGAUGGACCAUCGUGCAGCACAUCACCGUAAACAGCAGCGUCACUUUCGACCGCGUGUGGGCCGACUACAAGCACGGUUUCGGAGACGUCGCUGGAGAUCACUGGCUCGGGAACGAAUACCUUCACCAGCUCAGCAGAGGCCCGGCGCGCUUCAAACUGGGAAUAAAACUGGUGGACCGAGACGCUGCCACAAAGAUGGGAGAGUACGACCCUUUCCUGGUGGAGGAUGAAUCAUCGGCGUACAGGUUGAGGCUUGGGUUGUUCCGGGGCACGGCCGUGGACGCCCUCACGCAGGACACGGAACACUACCUGCACGACAACCAGAAAUUCACCACCAAGGACAGAGACAAUGAUAACUACUUCCAGAACUGCGCCAAGCUGGAGUUCCAGCAGGUGGCCGGUGGAGGCUGGUGGUACGACGCCUGUGCCGGUGCCAAUCUGAACCGCAGAAAUGUCAUCUACUGGCAAAAGGACUGCAACAAGGAGCGACUGUGCAAGUAUGCAUGGAUGAUGGUCAAACCGUCAGACACUGCGAACCCCGUUCGUUGCGGAGACUACAAAAAGGACGAGCUAUGAGGACACGUUCAACAACGAGCAGUUGUGGCAAAAGAGGCCACAGCACACUUAGCAUUUGCUAAUAUCGCCCUAUGGACGACCAGCCUAGCUAUUCACAGUCUGGCGUAUGUGUUUUUCCGACUAGACAGAGUUUUGACCGCCAGCGGGUUUUUAGGCUCAUACAAAAUAGCACAUUUGCCACAAAUCAUUCUUGUAGCUGACAGCAUAAAAAAAACAUCCAUCCAUCCAUUUUCUGAGCCGCUUCUCCUCACUUGGGUCGCGGGCUGCUGGAGCCUCUCCCAGCCAUCUUCGGGCGAGAGGCGGGGUUCACCCUGAACU